AUGAAGCUUCAACAUAGCCAUCGACUGGUCGGAAUAGUCAUCACAUCAGUGGGCCGGAGGCGAGGAAUUAGAAAUGGAUUGCAUCUGCUAAGAAGCACUUUGAAUAAAAAACCCUCGAUAGAUAAACCGCUGCCCAAACAAAUUGGGGGCAAAGGCCAAUGCGAACUGCAAAACUCACAGUGCGAGUGCAGAGAGAUGCAUAUCCAGGCUUUAGCUACAGGAAUGUGUGUAAAGGUUGAAGAUGGUCUUUCCAAAGAGAGGAAAAUCGAGAUUUACAUAUAUUCGAGAGUUUGGGAGUUUCAAUUAAUCGUACCACCAAGAUUAGUCGAAGUAGAUCUACUUUUUUCGGCCAUCCUCCACCGUCAACCGCCGCCGUUGACCACCACCGUCCAUCGCUGCCGGAGACCACCAGCGCCUAGCCGCAUAGAGCCAGUCGCUGGCACGCAAUCCCCAGCGACACCCGCGCGAGCCACUUGUCCCGCCUACGUGCUCGCUCACGCCGCUGCCCGUGAUUCUCUGCACCCCGCUCCCUGCGUGAGGAAGCACGCGCUCGCUAGUCCGCACUAG